GAUGUUUCGACUCGUCCUUCUUCUAACGGCUGUGGCCAUGACCGUGGCGCAUCGCAAUCCCCACUACGCCGCAGGCCGUUCCACCAUGGUCCAUCUCUUUGAGUGGAAGUGGGACGACAUCGCAGCUGAGUGCGAACGCUUCCUGGGUCCUAACGGGUAUGGUGGUGUCCAGAUAUCUCCACCCAGUGAAAAUCUGAUAAUUCGGGCUUACAACCGUCCAUGGUGGGAGCGCUACCAACCCAUUUCAUACCGACUGAUUACCCGCUCAGGUAAUGAGCAACAGUUCACCAGCAUGGUCCGACGCUGCAACAACGCUGGUGUUAGGAUCUAUGUUGACGCAAUCAUCAAUCACAUGACUGGAACGUGGAACGAGAAUGUUGGUACUGGUGGCAGCACUGCUAAUUUCGGCAACUGGCACUAUCCUGCUGUGCCUUACGGUCGUAACGAUUUCAAUUCUCCUCAUUGUGUGAUUCAACCCGGCGACUAUGGCUGCUGUGCAGAUAGAGUACGCAACUGCGAGCUUUCAGGUUUGAAAGACUUGAAUCAAGGUACGGAAUAUGUACGUGGUCAAAUCGUUGGAUUCAUGAACCGCCUGAUCGAACUUGGUGUUGCUGGUUUCAGAAUUGAUGCCGCCAAACACAUGUGGCCCGGUGACCUAAGAAUCAUCUACGACAGGCUACACAACCUUAACACUGCCCAUGGUUUCCCAUCUGGCGCUCGUCCUUAUAUCUACCAGGAAGUCAUUGAUAUUGGAAAUGAAGCUGUAUCUCGAAAUGAAUACACUCCUCUUGCUCCUGUCACUGAGUUCAGAUUUGGUAUAGAGCUCAGCAGAGCCUUCCUACGUCAAACCCAACUAAGGUGGCUAUACAACUGGGGACCACAAUGGAAUCUUCUUGCUUCCGAUGUUGCUCUAGUUUUCAUUGACAACCAUGACAACCAAAGAGGUCACGGUGCUGGUGGCGACAUUCUUACCUACAAACGGGAUAGACAGUACAAGGCAGCUACUGCAUUUAUGUUGGCUCAUCCUUACGGUCAACCCCAGGUGAUGAGCAGUUUUGCGUUCACCAACACUGAAGCUGGACCCCCACAAGACGGCAAUGGCAACAUCAUUUCCCCUUCAAUUAACGCAGACAACACUUGUGGUAACGGCUGGGUGUGUGAACACCGCUGGCGGCAGAUCUUCCAGAUGGUUGCCUUCAGGAAUGUUGCCGGUGGUCAUGGCGUUAAUAACUGGUGGGAUAAUGGUAGCAAUCAAAUCGCCUUCAGCCGAGGCAAUGCUGCUUUCAUCGCUUUCAAUAAUGACGGAUGGAAUCUUGACCAGAGUCUCCAAACUGGUCUCCCUGCUGGUAGAUACUGUGAUAUAAUCUCGGGAUCGAGGAGUGGAAGUUCAUGCACAGGCAAGACCAUUACCGUGGGUAGCGACGGCCGAGCUCAAAUCUCAAUUGCGACUAACGAGUUAGACAUGAUGCUCGCUAUUCAUACUGGAUCACAGUCCCGGCUGUGAAUGAAGAUGCUUUAGGUACCUGAAUUAAAGAAUAAUUCUCUGUUUUUGAAAAUGGCAAAAGGAACCUGUAAAACCGAAAGAACUGUAAAUAAACGUAUGCAACAAAAUCAA